AAUCGUUAAACUCUACCAGUCGAUACUUCCUCUGUCUCUCACUCCCUGACCUGUCUCUCCAUCGACUCGUUCAGGCCGAGAACAGAGCUAAUCGGCCGGCGGAGCAGCAACCCGCGUGAUGAACAGGUUCAACCCCGCCGAUGAUUGCCAGGCAUGAGCAGAAUUUUCUCUCGCCCUCUCCGUUUUCGACUUUUACCGCCUCCUUCUUCUACCAGUCGCGGAACCUCUCCUUCCAGCGACAAAUCGCUCUCUAACCUGAAAACCAUGGCGCUUCUACUUCAGCUUCAGCUCAAUCCUUCUCUUUCUCGACUUCCUUUUCCUCCACGCCCGGCGAUUGUACCACCAAAGUCUCUCCAAUUGUCGCCUAAUCUUCUCCAAACUAGGAAAUUCUCUUCUAAACCCCUCCUAAAACCCCUCAAUUCCUCCCGACUCCCUCCUCUCUACGCCUCCGCCGCGGCGGCGGAUGAGGAGGAGAAGUCGCAACCGGAACGGCGGGAAUUCGCCGAGGAUUCAGCCUCUCGCACGCUCCGCGCUUUCUCCCUGAUCAAACCCUACUUGCUCUCCCAAUGGAAGUUCAUCCUCCUGGGAUGGCUCUGCAGCCUCGUCUCCGUCGCCUCCCUCUGCCAAGUCGUGUCCCGGUUCGGAAACCUCUCUUCUUGCGUCGGGAGCGCGGAUGCGACCAAGCUGAUCACAGGAGGUUCGGCUCUAGGCGUUUUCUUCAUGUUCAAACUGGCUGCCACUUACUUGCAGCAGUCGAUGUUGUGGAAAGCGGCGUUGAAUGCGGUUGCUGACAUCAGAGGUGAUGUUUUCCGAGGGGUUUUGGGGAGGGAAUUAGGGUUUUUCGAAGGAGGAAGCGGCGUGUCUUCUGGAGAUAUUGCUCACAGAAUCACAAGUGAGGCCGAAGAUGUUGCCGAUACUCUCUAUGCUCUUCUCAAUUUUGUAUGAACAGACCGUUGUACCUGGUGCUCUGCAAUUAUCAGCAAUGGCGACCCAGAUGUUGGUCAUUAGCCCUGCCCUUUCCGCGAUUUCGGCCAUGGUUAUUCCUGGUACCUCUCUUGCUAUUGCAUACCUUGGUGAAAGGACGCGGAAGAUAUCCAAGGAGGCACACCUUAGUGUUGCUAAUCUCUCUGCCUAUCUCAAUGAGGUCCUCCCUGCAAUUCUCUUUGUUAAAGCAAACAAUGCAGAACUCAGUGAGAAUGUCAGAUUCCAAAGGCUUGCCAAUGCUGACCUAUUGGCACAUCUUAAAAAGAAGAAAAUGAAGGCACUCACCCCACAAAUCAUACAGAUUAUAUAUUUUGGAGGGUUGUUUACCCUUUGCGUUGGAUCACUUGUAGUCUCAAGGGGUUCUUUUGAUAGCCGCAGCAUCGUUUCUUUUAUGACGUCAUUGGUUUUCUUGGUCGAGCCAAUCCAGGAUGUUGGGAAAGCAUUCAAUGAGUGGAAGCAAGGAGAACCUGCUAUAGAGCGAUUGUUUGAUUUGUCCAACUUAAAAUCUAAGGUGAUUGAAAAGCAAGAUGCCAUUGAGCUGGAGACUGUGAAGGGAGAUGUGAAAUUUUAUGAUGUUUCCUUUAGAUAUGGGGACGAGAGACCUCUUGUGCUGAAUAAACUUAACCUUCACAUCCAAGCUGGUGAAACUGUUGCACUCAUCGGGCCAUCUGGAGGAGGAAAGACAACCCUUGCGAAAUUGCUUCUGCGGCUUUAUGAUCCCUUAUCUGGUGGUAUCCUCUUAGAUAACAAAAAUAUCCAGAACGUACAUUUGGAAAGUUUGAGGAGACAUGUUGGUCUGGUAUCUCAAGAUGUUACAAUAUUUUCAGGGACAGUUGCUGAAAACAUCGGAUAUAAAGACUUGACAACAAAAAUAGAUAUGGAAAAGGUUCAGAUGGCUGCAAGAGAUGCGAAUGCCGAUGAGUUCAUUAGGAUGCUUCCUAAGGGAUAUGAAACAGAUGUUGGACCAAGGGGCUCAAGCUUAAGCGGAGGCCAAAAACAAAGGCUGGCUAUUGCAAGGGCUAUCUAUCAGGACGCCUCCAUACUGAUAUUGGAUGAGGCAACUUCUGCCUUGGACAGCAAGUCUGAGUUGCUUGUAAGACAAGCUCUGGAGAAGCUGACCAAAAAUCACACGGUACUUGUUAUAGCCCACAGGCUGGAGACGGUUCUGAUGGCUAACCGGAUACUGCUUCUGGCCAACGGGGAGCUUCAGGAGCUGAGUCGAUCGAGUCUUCUGAACGAACGAGUAGCCAACAUGGCAUCAAACGAGAUCGUUAUCUGAUGAAAGAAAGGCGUUGUUGUAGCUCCACUUUCUUAGACGCACAGCAUUGAGAAGCAAAAUUGCCAGCCAUACUGCCACGAUGUCUCUGUCGUGCUGGCCGUCCUGCUUAUCAUUUGGUUGAUGAAGAAGAAUGGCUGCUGCAGUACUACAUAGCUCAUUUCUAGGAUAAGGCCCAGAUGUAUAUAAACUAAUUUUGGAUGAUGGAGGUUUCUUUUGGGGAAUGGUAAGUUAUGUUAGAUUUUUUGUUUUCUUUUCAUGCUAAAACUGUAGACAAAGGUUAUGUAAUUAAUAUUACCUUGAUAUUUAUGGAUUUGAUGUAAAUGGAAC